AUGUCAACAACAGAGAACACAACAACAGUUAUAGUCCAUGAAGCUAUAGAUGAAGAAUAUGAGUGGGUUCAGUUUAACAAACAACUCCGUCUCAUUCGUUCGGUCAAAGACGAUAUGUACCAAAUGCAAAGUAUUUUGACAGCAUGUUUUGCUCCAGAUACUAAGCUUCCUAAAGACUGGUUUAGGAACCAAAGCACACAAGAACUUUUGAGCGAAGCACAGCGAGACAUACUUUUUUCUGAAAACAGUGAAGAACAGCGAGUAGGUAAAAAACCCCAGUCGCCAAAACUCUAUGAAAAUCGUGAAAAAUUGCCAAACGGUUUGAGAGGUUGGUAUGUACAUAGACUUCUUGUAAAUGCUGUUGCAAUGUGGGCUUCACCUCGUUAUGCUUGGUAUAUUUACAGACUUCUUGACGAAAUUCAUAGACAAGAACGUGAAGAGCUAGAGAACAAGCUUGAAGCAAAAGACAAAAGCAUUCAGAAAAGAAUACCACGUUCGGUACCAAAAGGAAAGGAAAAGAACUAUAAGUAUAUGAUUUAUACUGAAGAGAUGGAAAAUGAAGAAGAUAAAGAUAUAGUUAUGUUGCAUUUAGUCAGAAGAAACAACAAGAGCUUUUACGACCUUGCUAAGAUUUACAAAUCUGACAGAAAUUGGUUCUAUCGCGAAAACUUACCGAUUUCAAUGACCCCAAAUGAAGAUGUGAAACAAAUAGUUCAAGAUACUUUACCUCAAACACACUAUGAUAUUAAAGGUUGUACAAUACUUACAUUCAAAGAAGAUUUGCCAUUGUUAAAGGAAAAAAUAACAGAGUAUUUUGACAACUUCAAACAAGUAGAGUAA